CUUGCUGACAGCAUAAUGGCAGGGAAAACCUCCGACGGCUCCAUCAAAUGGCAGCUCUGCUACGACAUCUCGGCCAGAACUUGGUGGAUGGAUGAAUUUCAUCCCUUCAUCGAAGCACUUCUGCCUCACGUCCGAGCGUUUGCAUACACGUGGUUCAACCUGCAAGCCCGAAAAAGAAAAUACUUCAAAAAACAUGAAAAACGCAUGUCAAAAGAGGAAGAGAGAGCCGUGAAGGACGAACUGCUAAGUGAAAAACCCGAGGUAAAGCAAAAAUGGGCAUCCAGACUUCUGGCAAAGCUCCGGAAAGAUAUCAGGCCUGAAUUUCGGGAGGAUUUUGUUCUCACAGUCACAGGAAAAAAGCCUCCGUGUUGCGUUCUUUCCAAUCCAGACCAGAAGGGCAAGAUGAGAAGAAUUGACUGCCUUCGCCAGGCAGAUAAGGUCUGGAGGUUGGACCUUGUUAUGGUGAUUUUAUUUAAAGGUAUUCCGCUCGAAAGUACUGAUGGCGAGCGCCUUGUAAAGUCCCCACAGUGCUCUAACCCCGGGCUGUGCGUACAGCCCCACCAUAUAGGAGUUUCUGUUAAGGAACUCGAUUUAUAUUUGGCAUACUUUGUGCACGCAGCAGAUUCAAGUCAAUCUGAAAGUCCCAGCCAGCCAAGUGAAGCUGAUAUUAAGGACCAGCCAGAAAAUGGACAUUUGGGCUUCCAGGACAGUUUUGUCACAUCAGGUGUUUUCAGUGUGACUGAGCUAGUAAGAGUCUCACAAACACCGAUAGCUGCAGGAACAGGCCCUAAUUUCUCCCUCUCAGAUUUGGAAAGUUCUUCAUACUACAGCAUGAGCCCAGGAGCAAUGAGGAGGUCUUUACCUAGCACAUCCUCUACCAGCUCCACAAAGCGUCUCAAGUCUGUGGAGGAUGAGAUGGACAGCCCUGGUGAGGAGCCGUUCUACACAAGCCAAGGGCGCUCUCCGGGCAGUGGCAGCCAGUCCAGCGGAUGGCAUGAAGUGGAGCCAGGAAGAGGAAACUCACUGGUCAAACCCUUGGACACCAGAAUAGUUGCAUGCAGUUUCCCAGGGAGCCAGAUAGCUCUAAAGCUUCCCAGAUAUCUAAGAAACCCCGAACACCGCGGAGCACUUCAUGGAAUGCCAUCGCCAACUACAUUAAAGAAGUCAGAGAAGUCUGGUUUCAGCAGUCCCUCGCCUUCGCAGACCUCCUCCCUUGGAACGGCUUUCACACAGCACCAUCGACCUGUCAUUACAGGACCCAGAGCAAGUCCACAUGCAACACCAUCGACUCUUCAUUUUCCAACAUCACCCAUUAUUCAACAGCCUGGGCCAUACUUCUCACACCCAGCAAUCCGCUAUCAUCCUCAGGAGACUCUGAAAGAGUUUGUCCAACUUGUCUGCCCCGACGCUGGUCAGCAGGCUGGACAGGUGGGGUUCCUAAAUCCCAAUGGUAGCAGCCAAGGCAAGGUGCACAAUCCAUUCCUUCCUACCCCAAUGUUGCCACCACCACCUCCGCCACCAAUGGCUAGGCCUGUGCCUCUGCCAGUGCCAGACACAAAACCUCCAACCACAUCAACAGAAGGAGGGGCCACCUCUCCCACUUCUCCAACCUACUCGACACCCAGCACCUCCCCCGCAAACCGAUUCGUCAGUGUUGGACCACGGGAUCCAAGCUUUGUAAAUAUCCCUCAACAGACUCAGGUGGGCCGCUUUCGACUUCUCUGUUUGCCUGCAGCCUCUUCUUCUCCUCCUCCAGUGUCCUCUAACGUGUCCCCGCGGAGCAGCUGCACUGCCGCUGUCACUUCACCCACAUGGUCUCAGUAACUACAGUGAAAUGUCACUUGCAGUUUGUUUGUCUGUUGUGGUUUAUUUUCUUUUUUUUUAUUUUUCUUUUUUUUUCUUUUUUUUUUUUCUUUUAUUUUUGGGCUUGUGUGGUAAUAACGCUGCUUUCGUAACUGGAAGGACCUCUCUUUGCUUUCUAAGGUGUUGGCUCCCGCCGCGCAGUUGUUCGCUCUAGGGCCGCGGUUUCAAAGGCUUUGGCUCCAACCUGCUCCCCAGGCACUGCAUUUAAUUGUGUUUAGAUUAGAUGGUAGGGAGAAAUCCUUCCCUGCCAGGGUGGGGAGGCCCUGGCACAGCUUGCCCAGAGAAACUGUGGUUGCCCCAUCCCUGGGAGUGUCCAAGGCCAGGUUGGACAAAGCUCGGGACAACCUGGGAGUGUGGAAAGUAUCCCAUGAUCUUUAAGGUCCCUCCCAACCCAAACCAGUCUGUGAGAUGCAAAAGGAGCUCAGAGAGACCCAUCAGGUAACAGGGCCCUGUAGUCCCCCAGCAGACACAACGGGAGACUGCUCCAGUGACUUCCAUGUAAAAAAAAAUAAAAAUACUCAAAUUCCUGGUUGGCCAUUUGCAUGGUGGGCUUUGAGAGAGCAGGAGAUUUUUGUAAUUGCGAGCACAUCUGUUUUCCUUAUACAAAGAGAAAAAAGUCCAGUUGAGGCAGGCCUAUAAAGCUGGUUUAGCUGAAUUCAUGGUCCUGCUAUGGUCAAAUCAGAAGCUCAAGUAAACAUUUGUGUUUCUUUAGGAGAAGGACGAGAUUUAAAUGUGCUUUUUCCAAGCUGUAUCAAAUUCCCAGGGUCGAUUAAGAAAAUAGUUGUUGGCAGUUUUGUUAGCAGCUAAUUUGAGCCAGAUGUUGAAAAAAUUAAGUCUGGGCUUAAUAUCACGUUAUCAUGGGGGGGAAGGUAUAAAAAAGUGAGCAGAGUUAGUGCUUUAGGACAACUGUAGUUUAUAGUUUGAAGUGACUGCUUGACUACGUUGCAGUUCUUUUAAAGGUCAGCUACACAAAAUAUUAGUGAUUUUGUUUUGAGCUGGUUGCAGUGACUAAAAAGCCAUAAUUCAAGUAUCUGGCAAACUGGGCAUUACUACCCUUGGCUCUUGCAAGUUCUUUCAAAUGGUUUAUAGGCUUCUGAAUAAUUAGUGUGCAGAUUAAUGGCUGUCACAUGCCACAGUAGGUGCAUGAAGACAGAUUCCUCGUUGUGAUGGCUUCAGCACCUCCACUGUCACUGAAACAGGCCACUCAUUCCCAAAGAUUUUCAGUUUACAGGGUUGCAAGCAGCUGCCUGUAAGCACAACGUGGUUUUUUGCUGUCUGCUCUUUGUGUACAAUUUGUUAGGGGCUUUAGUUUAUAGCUCUGUGCACAGCACAGGUUAAACUAUAUCAAAUCUCAAACCUUCUCUGCAUUAAAUAGGGUCACAGAAAGUACAGCAGCAAUGCAGAGAGGGGUUUAACCCAUCAGAUUCUGGGGUUUUUUUUUCAUGUUUCAACAAAACUCAGCCUGCACCCCACUUUUCCAGCCUUGUGCUUUUUUGGGUUCAUGGGUGUGAGAAGUUUUCACGCACCUUCCCGUUUAAAUCAUAUUUCUCCAGUUGUUUUGGAAACAGCUGGAAUACACAGAAAUAGGUUGAAAUUGGGAAACAGGGAUGUUAAGGUGUACUGCUAAAGUCCUUAAGCAUUUGGUCUUUUCCUUCAUAGCUCAGGAAACCUGAAACCCUUUGGAGAAUGCUACUUACCUUUUCCAGAAGACUUGAAAAACUCCUAGUUGGUAAAUUGAUUAUGUAGUAAGACACAACAGUAUUAAGUCUCCAAAGAUAUUUAAAACUUACUUGCAUCCUGCAGCCUAAGUUUCCCAGAUAAGUUUGUUGACUGUAAACUUUUAUCCUCCUUAUUUAUGACUUAAAUCAUUUUAAAGUGCUCUAGCGUUACUUUAAGUGCUCCUCUGUAAUGCAGUGUAGUGAAUAACAAUGCUGUACAGUGAAAAACAAUACUCAAGCACAGCUUUCAAUUAAAGUCUAACAUGCUGCAGUGGGCAAGGAGACUGACUUCCAGUCUCUGACUCCAGCUGCAUCUCCCUGCUUCUAUACAUCAUUACACCACCACAGCCCACUUGAUACUAAAUAUAUAAUUUAUCAGCAAACUCACUACUUAUUCAUGAAAGGACUCUGAAGUUGACUGUGCUUUGAGUCAGAGAAGUGAGGUAAAAGUGCUAACUGCAAUGAUUUGGGAUUUACGUAGCAUUCCUCUGAACAAAGACAGGCUUUUGUGCUCAUUUUUGCAGAGCAUUAGUGUACAGAACGACCACUUAGGAUAUUUUCAAAAUGCAAAUGAAAACCACAUAGGGCUGUGUUACUAAAAGCAGCUGGGGUGGCUCCUUUCCAUCAGGAUCUUUAGAAUACAUCCAGAGUCAGGCUAAGAUACAGGUCCUGAGGACCACCAACUGCCAGGGACACAGCUCCCUGAGACAAGAGGAAGCAGGGAACACUCUGAGCUUCUGGAAGUCAAGCUUAAAUACAAGGGUUAAGCUACUACUGCUAGAACAAUAAAAUAAAAAUGAGGGCUGUA